UGCUCAGAUGACAAUGAGUGUCUGAGGGACCCCUGCAUGGGGAAAGGGCGCUGUGUCAACCAUGUGGGCUCCUACUCCUGCCUCUGCUACCCUGGCUACAGACCGGCCACCUCAGGGACCACGCGGGAAUGCCAAGACAUAGACGAGUGUGAGCAGCCAGAGGCGUGCCGUGGUGGGCGGUGCACCAACACGGAGGGCUCCUACCACUGCGAGUGUGAUCAGGGCUACAUCAUGGUGAGGAAGGGACACUGCCAAGAUAUUGACGAAUGCCGUCACCCUGGCACCUGCCCUGAUGGGAGAUGCAUCAACUCCCCCGGCUCCUACAGUUGCCUGGCCUGCGAGGAGGGCUACAGAGGCCUGAGCGGGAGCUGUGUAGAUGUGAACGAGUGCCUGACCCCCGGGGUCUGUGCCCAUGGAAGGUGCUACAACCUGGACGGCUCCUUCAGAUGCUCUUGUGAGCAGGGCUACGAAGUCACCUCAGAUGAGAAGAGCUGCCAAGAUGUCAACGAGUGUGCCAGCCGGGCCUCGUGCCCCACAGGCCUCUGCCUCAACACGGAGGGCUCCUUCGCCUGCUCAGCCUGCGAGAGUGGGUACUGGGUGAAUGAAGAAGGCACUGCCUGUGAAGACCUAGACGAGUGCGCCUUCCCGGGAGUCUGCCCCUCAGGAGUCUGCACCAACACUGCCGGCUCCUUCUCCUGCAGGGACUGUGACCAGGGCUUCCGGCCCAGCCCGCGGGGCCACUCCUGUGAAGACGUGGAUGAGUGUGAAGACCUCCAGAGCAACUGCCGGGGAGGCGAGUGCAAGAACACGGCUGGCUCCUACCAGUGCCUCUGCCCCCCGGGCUUCCAGCUGGCCAAUGGCACCGUGUGUGAGGAUGUGGACGAGUGCGUGGGAGAGGAAUACUGCGCACCCCACGGCGAGUGCCUCAACAGCCAUGGGUCCUUCUUCUGCCUCUGUGCCCCCGGCUUUGUCAGCGCAGAGGGAGGCACCCGCUGCCAGGAUGUGGACGAGUGUGCAGUCACAGACCGGUGUCUGGGAGGGCACUGUGUCAACACCGAGGGCUCCUUCGACUGUCUGUGUGAGACUGGCUUCCAGCCUUCCCCGGAGAGCGGGGAGUGUGUGGAUAUUGACGAAUGCGAGGACCACGGAGACCCGGUGUGCGGGGCCUGGCGGUGUGAGAAUAACCCUGGCUCCUACCGUUGUGUCCUGGGCUGCCAGCCUGGCUUCCACCUGGCCCCCUCUGGAGACUGCAUAGACAUAGACGAGUGUGCCAACGACACGGUGUGCGGGAGCCACGGCUUCUGUGACAACACGGAGGGCUCCUUCCGCUGCCUCUGUGACCAGGGCUUCGAGACCUCGUCCACCGGCUGGGACUGCGUGGACGUGAACGAGUGUGAGCUCAUGCUGGCCGUGUGCGGGGCGGCGCUCUGUGAGAACGUGGAGGGCUCCUUCCUGUGCCUCUGCGCCAGCGACCUGGAGGAGUACGAUGCUCAGGAGGGGCGCUGCCGCCCACGCCCACGGGGGGCCGCAGGUCAGAGCAUCCCCGAGGCCCCGCCAGGGGCCCACCUCUCAGGCCCCGUCCGCAUGGAAUGCUACUCCGGACACAAAGACCAGCCGCCCUGCUCCCGCCUCCUGGGCCGGAACACCACGCAGGCUGAGUGCUGCUGCACCCAGGGUGCCAGCUGGGGAGACACCUGUGACCUCUGCCCAGCUGAGGACUCAGUCAAAUUCAGCGAGAUCUGCCCCAGUGGUAAAGGCUACAUCCCUGUGGAAGGAGCUUGGAUGUUUGGACAGACCACGUACACAGAUGCUGAUGAGUGUGUGAUGUUCGGGCCUGGUCUCUGCCAGAACGGCCGGUGCCUCAACACAGUUCCCGGCUACAUCUGCCUGUGCAAUCCUGGCUACCACUACGAUGCCACCCGCAGGAAGUGUGAGGAUCAUGACGAGUGCCAGGACAUGGCCUGCGAGAACGGCGAAUGCGUGAACACGGAGGGCUCUUUCCACUGCUUCUGCAGCCCGCCCCUCACCCUGGACCUCAGCCAGCAGCGCUGCGUGAACAGCACCAGUGGCAUGGAGGACCUGCCUGACCAUGACAUCCACAUGGACAUCUGCUGGAAAAAAGUCACCAAUUACGUGUGCAGCCAACCCCUGCACGGGCGCCGCACCACCUACACGGAAUGCUGCUGCCAGGAUGGCGAGGCCUGGAGCCAGCAGUGUGCCCUGUGCCCCCCCACGAGCUCUGAGGUCUACGCUCAGCUGUGCAACGUGGCCCGGAUUGAAGCCGAGCGGGAGGCCGGGGUCCACUUCCGACCAGGCUAUGAGUAUGGCCCCGGGUCUGAGGACCUGCACUACAGCCUCUAUGGCCCAGAUGGGGCCCCCUUCUACAACUACCUGGGCCCCGAGGACGCCAUCCCUGAGCCGCCCUUCCCCAACACAGCCGGCCACCCAGGAGACCACGUACCCGGCCUGGAGUCUCCCCUGCAGCCCUCAGAACUCCAGCCCCGCUACGUGGCCAGCCACCCAGAACACCAGGCUGGCUUCGAAGGGCUUCAGGCAGAGGAGUGUGGCGUCCUGAACGGCUGUGAGAACGGCCGCUGUGUGCGUGUGCGGGAAGGCUACACCUGUGACUGCUUCGAGGGCUUCCAGCUGGACAUGGCCCACAUGGCCUGUGUGGAUGUGAAUGAGUGUGAUGACUUGAACGGGCCUGCUGCACUCUGUGCCCAUGGUCACUGCGAGAACACCGAGGGCUCCUACCGCUGCCACUGCCCCCCCGGUUAUGUGGCCGAGGCAGGGCCCCCCCACUGCACUGCCAAGGAGUAGCAGUGAGGGGUCAGUGUCGGCAGCUACCUGGAAAUGGGCCUCAGGCAGGGGCCUUGAGGACGCUUUCCUAGCUGGGAAGAUACCAUGAAGUCAUCGGGCAGGAGGCCCUGCAGCCCCACUCCCAGCCAGCCUUGCCUGCUUUUCAUCUCUCCCAGUUUAGGCUCGAGCUGUGAGCUUGUCACUGCCUCCAUGCCACCAUGCCCUUGCUUGGCUCAAACACCACCAAAUGCUUUAAUGCUUCAGCCACUGGCCACAAGGCCCAGCCCGCCAUCUGUCCUGGCCUGACUAUGAGAUGCUUACCAAAGGAUGGCCCUCAUCCUCCACCCCAAGCUGUGCAAACGUGCAAGGUCCUUUGGCCUUACACCGCACCUUUUCCAGCCACGAUCCACCUAUCAUCCUGAUGACUGCAAAACUGGGUCAGAGGCUACAUCUGUCUUAGGAUGGGCCUUCAGAAUCUGUGGAGCACAAAAGGACUGGAGAAAGUUUGGGGA